ACGUACACAGCUAUGCCAUACAGAUGUUUAUAAAAAGGAAAGCAAAAAAAAACGUAUACUCAUGCAUGUACCUGCGCGCAUGGCGUGACGCCCUGAACUCACAAAGCAUAUUUGGUAGGAAUCUGAAAACGGAGAAGGCGUUAUUACAUGCAUAACGGAGGGCGACACACCCAAGAACGCCUUUUACUUAUAUAUAUUUACAGAUCAGCUAAACGCGCAAAGCAUUCCUGCGCAAAAAGGAAAGACCCCAAAUCUGUGAUACCCCAAAAGAAGAAGGCCCAUUUGAUUUAUGGACAUUUGUGCCGUCCCAUUCGUCAGCUCGAAAAGAUAAAAAAAAAAAAAUAAUUCGUGUACCCACCUUUUCCCAAUUAAUGUAACCCCAAGUGAAAAGAAAACAACCCCAAUUAAGAAAACCCUUUAAAUAUGUAUAACUCUUGGUUUGAAAUCAUUCGAUCCAUUUCGCCCUACAACUGGGCAAUGCUGGGCAUAGCAAUGGCCCUUUUCCUAUCCAUCAUGGGCGCAGCAUGGGGAAUAUUCAUUUGCGGGACGAGCAUAGUGGGAGCCUCGGUGAAGUCCCCACGUAUCAUUUCGAAAAACUUGAUUUCCAUUAUAUUUUGUGAAGCACUAGGCAUGUAUGGAGUCAUCACCGCAGUUUUUCUUCAAAUUAAGUUUAGCGGACUCAGCAAGGAAGUACACGCCCCACUGGUGCUAACAACCAAGACGGAUGCACUGAUUAUGAACACCAUCAGAGGGGGGUGGGCCCUGUUUGCGAGUGGUCUCACGGCAGGUUUGUCCAACCUCGUUUCUGGGU